GAGCAAAGAAACAAAAAAAACAUUUAGUUAUUGCCGUGGGGAGAGGAGGGGAUCAUCACCAUCAUCUCAGCUUGUGGAUUUGGCUGCGACAGAUUUGAAUCGUCUUGAGUGAGCUACGAAAUCAUGAUACAUUUUGUGCUUCUUGUUAGCCGGCAAGGAAAGGUAAGGCUCACCAAAUGGUAUUCUCCUUAUGCACAGAAGGAAAGAUCUAAGGUUAUACGAGAACUCAGUGGAGUGAUUCUGAAUCGAGGUCCCAAGCUCUGCAAUUUCGUUGAAUGGAGAGGCUACAAAGUUGUUUACAAAAGAUAUGCAAGUCUCUACUUCUGCAUGUGCAUUGAUCAGGAGGAUAACGAGUUAGAAGUCCUUGAGAUCAUUCAUCACUAUGUUGAGAUUCUCGAUCGCUAUUUUGGAAGUGUGUGUGAGCUCGAUUUGAUUUUUAACUUCCACAAGGCAUAUUACAUAUUGGAUGAGCUCUUGAUUGCUGGGGAGCUUCAAGAGUCGAGCAAGAAAACAGUAGCCAGGAUUAUAUCUGCUCAGGAUCAACUGGUGGAGGUUGCAAAAGAAGAGGCCAGUUCGAUAAGUAAUAUAAUCGCUCAGGCUACUAAGUAGUUUUCUUUCGUCAUCUAUGCACUCUUUGCAGUUAAAACAUGUUCCCUGUGUACUGUCACAGUAAAUGUUUUGAAUUUUUUUAUUUCGAACUUUUUCAUCUCGAGGGAUUUUCAUCUUUAAGCGUCCUUAUCUUCUAUCUGUAUGUUUUGAUUUGGGUCAUAAACAAGUUAAAUUAGAUCGUUUGUAACAUUUGUCGACAUGUUUUCAAAUUCCAUUCUUUUAUUGUGAAGCGACA